GCAGCAGAUGACUACCCAUUUGACGACGUGUACCCGGUGAGUACAAGUAGUCGGGUACUUGAUCGUUCGUCGGAAUCAGUUUGCCAUAAAACCUGCAAAAGCCUUAAGACAGCUCGAUCAUGGGAGGAUCGCAGAGUGUGGAGAUACCGGGAGGUGGCUCCGAGGGCUACCACGUCCUCCGGGUUCAGGAGAACUCCCCAGGUCACCGUGCAGGACUGGAACCUUUUUUUGACUUCAUUGUCUCCAUCAAUAACACCCGACUGAACAAGGACAACGACACCUUGAAGGACCUUCUGAAAGCCAGCGUGGAGAAACCAGUCAAGAUGUUGGUCUACUCUUCAAAGACCCUGGAGCUGCGCGAGUCCACCGUCACACCCAGCAACCUGUGGGGGGGUCAGGGCUUGCUCGGCGUCUCCAUUCGCUUCUGCAGCUUUGAAGGAGCCAACGAGAACGUUUGGCACGUUCUUGAGGUGGAGCCAAAUUCGCCCGCGGCCCUCGCCGGUUUGAGACCACACACCGACUACAUCAUUGGAGCUGACACUGUCAUGAACGAGGUGGGCGAUCGCAACAGGAUGUCCAGACAUGUUGCUCUCGCACGCUGUCAUGAUGGGUCCUCCGGUCGUGACGACUGCGUUUUUUUCCCCGUGCAGUCCGAGGAUUUGUUCUCCUUGAUCGAGAGCCACGAGGGGAAGGGCCUGAAGCUCUACGUGUACAACACCGACACCGACAACUGCAGGGAGGUGGUCAUCACACCCAACGGUGCCUGGGGAGGAGAGGGAAGCCUCGGAUGCGGGAUUGGCUACGGAUACCUGCAUCGGAUUCCCACGCGACCUUUUGAGGAGGGGAAGAAGAUCUCCUUCCCGGGGAAUGCUUCUGGCGAGCCUGUCGGUCCGUUGAAGGACGGAUUCACUGAGGUCCAGUUGUCUGCCGUGACCCCGCCUCCUACCGCCACCACACUUCCCUCUGGCCUUGAAGACUCGCUGUCAGGCCUUUCAAUCAGUACAGCCCCUCCCACCAUGCCGAGCGAACUGCAGACGGGUUUGCCCACAGUCCCUCUGCUCCCCUCCUCCAAUCCGUCCCUCAGUCCCCUCACUCCUCUCAAUCCUGCCACGGCCAGCUUCAACCCCGCCACCACGUUACCAGGCUUGAUGCCCCUUCCGGGUGGCUUACCGCCGCUGCCCAACCUUCCCAAUCUCAACUUGCCGCUCCCGGACCUCGGCGCCAUCUCACUAGCGGGCACCAGUACCUUAAUGCCAGCCGGAACCACAGUCACCCCGCUGAAUAUACCUGGCCUGGCAUCUCUGCCUCCUUUGCCCGCCAUGCUGCCCUCCCAGCUGACUCCUCUCCUGCCACAGGGCGUUGCCCCCAUUCUGCCUACUUCCACCGCCGUCGCCCCUCCGGCCUCUGUCACGGUAACACCUGCCUCGGUGUCUGUCGGCGACGUCACAAACCCCACGGAACUGCAGCCUUCUUCGGAGACAACGCUUACCUCCUCGUAACCUGGGAAUGUAUCUCUCUCAACCAUCGAACCAAAACACACACACACACACGGCUUUUCUUUCCUCUCAUCUCUUUCUCUCUUUAGUUUUCUAUUUAUUUAGCCGAGAGGGACAGGUUGCACCCAGUCAGAGAUUCCAAGUGUGAGUGAGGUUUAUGAAAAACAUGUCUUCAUAAACAGAUUGUUAUAUUGCAGUGGUGGACCGGGCCGCACUGCAGCUUGCCUUCAAUCACACUUCACUUUGCGAUUUACUUCUGAGUGUUCCUUUAUUUGCCCUUCUGCGGUGUCAUUUCUUCCGUUUGAGAAUGUUCAGUGUUCCGGUAUUGACUGAAAUAUUCAUUCAUUCCCUUUUUAUAUACUGUAUGAGCAAACAAACCGUUUAUAAUCAUUCAUCAUGCGGUCUAACACAGAAAAAAAGAAACCGCACUAUUGUACUAAUCUUGGUACAGUCAUUGUAUAAAGUGAAUUCCGUAUAUAAAAUGGUGAAUAAUUAAGAA